AGCAGACUAGCCUUGCCGUUUAUCAUGGCGCGUUCUUUCUUUCUAUGUGUGCUGUUCUCGCUGGCUCUUGGAGAGCGCGACUGGCCAUGUAAAUCCUUCCAGACAGGCCAUUGGCAACCACCCCAUCUGUCCCUCAACGCGACCGGGGAAACAGACCCCGGAUACCUUUUUAUAGGCGUGCGAAAGGCAAACGAGGCGGGCACCGCUCCGACCAUCUUUGACCGCAAUGGCGACAUGGUGUGGCAGGGCCCGCAUGGGGAGAACCUGAAUUUCAAGAUGCAAAGGCUGUUCGGCCAGGAUGUGAUCACAUACUGGGAUGCACAGCCAGAUCUCAGAGUGUUGGGAUACGGAACAGCGCAUAUCCUCGACAGCACAUACAAAGAGAUCUACACCGUCACGCUGCGCGAUAACUUUCACACUCCCAGCGGCAAACAGUUCGACUCGUAUAUCGAUGGCCAUGAGCAUUACAUCACGCCUCAGAACACCAUGCUCGUUUCAGCUCUCAAUUUCACCCAAGCAGAUACCAGCCAUCUGAGAAGGGGCACGCCCGACAUGUGGGUUUUGGACUCGCUCUUCUACGAGAUCGACAUUAAGACAAACAAGGUCCUGUUCAAAUGGGAUGCACUCGAGCAUAUUCCGAUCUCCAAGUCCAGUGUCUCCGUCAAGGGUGGAAAAAAGUUGCAUGAGGCCUGGGACGCUUACCAUAUCAACUCGGUGACUCCCGCCAAACAUGGAUAUGUGGUCAACUUUCGGCAUAUCCGCUCUGUUUUCUACAUCAACAAGGACGGCUCUGUCCGGUGGCAACUGUCGGGUGACAAUGAGAACCACGGCGACUUCAAGUGCGACAAUAUCACCUUUGCAUGGCAACAUGAUGCCCGUGUUUACAACGAAACCGACGAAAGCCUGGUCCUCAGUCUCUACAACAACGCUGCCCUCGACCAUGACGACCCGGGCCCGUCAACAGGACUAGUCAUCCACGUCGAUCUCGUCAACAAGAAGGCAUGGAGAAUCCACGAGCUGACCGAUCCCACUGACCAUCUGGUGAGUGCCACGCAAGGCAGCUUCCAGCUCCUUCCCAACCGACCAACAGCGCACAUGCUGCUGGGCUACGGAUCCAUACCCAAACUCAAGGAAUACGACGCAGACGGCAACAUCGUUCUCCGAGGACAAUUCGGCACAGAUAGAUUUUCGGCUAAUGCCUACCGCAUCUUCAAAUUCCCGUGGAGAGCGACUCCGCACUGGGAUCCUGCUCUCGUUGUCAAUCAUACCACUCCGAAUACGACGGAUCUCUACCUGAGCUGGAACGGUGCCACGCACUAUGACAACUGGGCCAUUUUCUCGGUCCCGUCUCAGACUUCAACGUUGCUAGAAGGCAAACAUCUGCUGGUGCAUGCACGAACCGGCUUCGAAACUCACGUCGUUCUGGAGAAUAGCGAUGCCCGCUUUAUCAUUGCGGUUGCAAGAGACGGUGAGAGAAUGUUGAGCAAGUCCUCCAUUGCGGACUUGGGCCAGGGGAAGAAUCCUGUUUGUCCUGUUAUUGCAAGGAGGAUGGCAGACUCUUAAUGGGGCCUAUCUAGAUAGGUUAAGGUGCAUAAAUUAUCAAUCUCUCCGUCACA